AUGGCAGAAAUCGACCUUCCUGAAACUUAUAUGCCUUUUAGUCCUGAAAAUAUUAAUGAUCUCUUCGAAGAAGAUAGUACUUCAGAUCCUGAUACACCUGCAAGAUGUCAAACUACUCUCUGUUUUCCUAGAACAGACCCAUAUGGUGAUAAUGAACAAAGAAAAUGA